AUGAUAGAGAACAGCCAAAGGGAAUGCGAGGCUGAAAUGGAUCAGUUUGUAUGUGGAUUUAGUUAUAUAACGUAUGAAAAUCUUGCUGAACCAGUGAAAAUAGUCGGACGUGAAGGGCAGGAGUACACAUGCGAGAAACGAUUGGUGAAUAGACAAUUACAAGAUUGUGAUCAGAUUGCAGGCAUUAUUUUAGACCCACAGACAUGUGUUCUAACCUCUGAUGCUAAAGUAGAACGACUUCUUCUGUGUUAUCCAUCUUCAAAAAGUUGUUACGUGUGGCAGAUAGUCCGGAAUUACAAACCAGUGUGUAAUGAAAUUACGGCCCAGUCGUUAGAGGACCCAGAAACAAGAAUAUCAGAAUAUGAGUUUUUGAUGAUAUAUCCACCAUUACGACUGAAAGACACUGAUGUAUUGACUCCAUGUCUAACACUGAAUCAGGAUGGUCUUUUAGUACCAUAUACCGCAACAUGUAAAGCAGCUGGACCAACUCAAGUCAUAAUCUACAAUCCAAUAGAGAAGAAGGAAGAAAAGUGUUAUCCCGAUCAUGUACUGUUUGACAUUAGCGGUUCCAUGUCAUCAACAUGUUGGAAUCGUCAGAUGUCGAAACUUGAUGCGAUCAAAAAUUUAUUUCAUGCUUUUGCGGAUAGAAGUAUGGCAUAUAAUUUCAGACAUGUUAUUGGUCUGACAACGUUUAACUGCACACCACAUGUUGAAGAUAAAUGCACUGAAGCUUUCGAGAGUGUUAAGGCAAAAGUACAAAGGCUUUACAGUGACGGUGGGACAGCAAUGUACGACGCUAAAUUUAAUGCGUUAUCACAAUUGAGAGAAAUUGGUGUAAAGUAUCUGGCAUGCAAAAAGAGGAUUCUGUGUUUAACUGAUGGGGACGACGGAUCGCGACAUCACAAUAUCCUUGAUACGACAAUCGCAUUACAGGCAUCAGAUAUAUGUCUUGACUCAGUCUUGGUUGGCAGCAAUAACAGAAGAUUGCAGUGUCUAUCUAGCAUUACAGGUGGAUGUUGUUUUUUCCCCGAAUCUGAAAAAGAAGGAUUACAACUUUUUGAAAUGGAAACUGUGUUGUCUCUUGGAGCUAGAAAAGAUGUAAAGAAAACGUAUAGCGUACGAACACAGUAUGAUAUAGAUAAUUUUGUGAAAUACGCACAUCCUCCUUAUGAUAAACAACCAGCUUACUGUGUACCAGAUGGUAUUAGUAAACCGGUAUCAACACCUCAUAUGAUUCUGAACAAAGUCGGGGGUGACUUGCAACAAGGUGGACUUUCUACUGAUAAAACAGUACGCAGAAAAAAAAGUAUACUCCGGGAAAUAUCUGCUUAUCAAAAACAGCCACAUCCACUUGUGUACAUUUUUCCAUGUGACAAUAACAUCGCUCUUUGGCGUAUACUACUUGUUGGACCAUUGGAUACUCCAUAUGAAGGCGGUGUAUUCUCACUAUAUGCUGAAUUCCCAGAAAACUAUCCAUUGGCUGCUCCAAAAGUGCGAUUUGUUACUCCAAUAUACCAUUGUAACAUUAAUGCUGCUGGUCGUAUAUGCCAUAGUAUAUUUGAUAGAGACUAUACAUCUCGCACACCAUUCAGUAAAAUUAUGUUAUGCGUCUUUGGAUUGCUGAUCACCCCGGAACCUGAUGAUCCCUUGGAUAGUAUCAUGGCUGAAGAGUAUAUCACGAAUCAUGACGUAUAUAAACGCAAGGCAAGGGAUCAUACGCACAGACAUGCAAGUAAAUCGUUACAGGAACACAAACAGGAAUUGCUCGGCAAUGCCCCUGCUGACUCCGAACCUCCACCACCAGAACUAAUCUGUCCACUUACUGGGGAGCUGUUUGUCGACCCCGUGGGAACACCUAGUGGCAAAGUUUAUGAGCGUCAUGCACUGGAAUCACGCCUUUCAAGAAAAAAGGAAGACCCAUUGACUGGUGAACAUCUGCAAAGAGGCCAACUAAAAGAAAAGAAUGACAUAAAGAAACUUGUCACCGAGUUUCGUAACAGUCGAAUUACGGCUGCUGCUUGGUGGCAACCAUAA